AAAAGUACUAACUAUUAUUCCUGUACGCUAUCUUACUCGGUCAAGAUUAGUGAAAGUCAGCGCGUUAGUGCGAACACUAGAAUUAUUUACAGCACAUUAAAUAAUCAAGUAAGAGUUGUGGAUCAUGGACAGUGCUUAUAAAAUGUGCAUAUCAAACACAAAGAGACCUCAAAGCACGAUUUCAUAAAAAGCAAAGAAGAAAGAACAAGAAAAAAUCCAAAGAGAGUGAGAAAGGAUGGAGAAACAGUUGGUUAAAAUUUUAGAGGCUGCUCACGUUGAACGAGCCAUCCGAAAGUCCUCACCGGAAAAAGAGAAGGAAAAAUCUCAUAAGCAUAGAAGAAUAUUCCACCUCCAUCAUCACCCUAAGGAUGAGAAAGAGGAAGACAAGAAGAAAGAUGGAUCAAAGAGGGAGAAGAUAGCUGCAGCGAUGGUUGGUCUCGGAGCCACCCUCAAGAAGAUAAAACAUAAGGGUCACCACGGUGGCGGCGGAAAAGAGGAAGGAGGACAAGAGGAGGAGGAAGACGAAGAAGAGGAGGAGGAGCAGGAGGAAGGAGCUGAUGGUGGGGAUGAAGAAGGGGGAGGCAAGUUUAGUGCUUUCAUUUCAAUGAUCGCCGAAGCAUUUGAAGAAUAAGAUUUUAUCAUGUGAUUACUUUGUUAAAUCUUAAUUUGAACUUCCUAUCAAAUUUUAUAUUUUUUCCUAUUCUUUCCAAAUUGUUAAAUGUGAUGGUGAACUACAAAAUGGAAAAUUAAUUAACAACUUCAUUGAUUGAA